CACGCUGGCGUGCUAUUUUACUUCACCCUAUAUGAAAAUAGCAAAUUUUACACAUGGCGAAUAAAAUUAGAAGCCCAAUUAUUCCAUGUUUUGUUGGGUUUUGUGGGCGGACAUGAUGUUGACGAAAAUAAAGUAUUGUCAGAACAGAGACAGACAUGGUUGUGGAGAGAGAAAGAGCUCUGAUUUUCUUAUAGGCGAGAAGGAGAGGGGAUUUGAAAGGUGGGGUGGGAGCGUGAUUGCGAUAUAAGGUUUGGGUUUUUGUGAUUUGGUGCUUUGGUUUGGUUGCUGCUUUGCAUUGACAGAGUUGGUGUUGAAGGCUUUUUGAUGAUUCUUUUAGUUUCGUCUACUGUUCUUGUAAUCUGCAAGGAUGCAGCUGGAGUCGCCGCUUAAACCAAAGAAAUGAUAAGGCACCAAUUCUCUCCAUCAUGGACAGCUCACGUUGGUCUGCUAAGGAAGGUCAACAACCUCCUUGAUUGGGUCCUUGAUUUUAUAAAAUGAUUUGAUAUUUUAUGCCUUAUGUAGAUUACGUGAUAUCUUCCUCUCUUUGUGAUUUUUUCCAUGUAAAUAUCUCAGAGAGAUAUGGAUCGCAUUAUCCCUGGUUUGGAAAGAUUGUACCCAAGGGAUGUUUACCAUGUAUAGUCUAUUGUACACCUUCUAUAAAUUGUAAUGAAAAUACUCUCUAUCAUCACCUUGAGAUAGAGUUUCUCAAACCUUUUUAUGGUAUCAGAGCUCUUGGUGAGAUAGAGAGUAUACACUUCCCCUCUUUCCCUGCAACAAUAUCAACUCCAUAUACAGCUUCUUUCUUUUCUUUCCAAAAAUGUCGCCCACCGCCAAAUCUUCCACCACAACUGAACCAUACCCUUACCCAGUGACACAAAAUGUCGCUAAUUUUGUGUCACUCCGCCUCAAUGCGACCAAUUUUUUGAGAUGGAAAACCCAAAUGCUCAAUAUUCUUGAAAGUUAUGACUUACAAGGAUUUAUCAUAGGUGAGACAAAGGCACCUUCCAGGUACCUAACAUCGGAUACACAAGAUCCAAAAACGCCAGAGGCGUCGGAUACCCAAAAUCCAAAUCCGACAUUUCUUCAAUGGCGUCGGACUGAUCGCUUGGUCAAAGGAUGGCUGAUUGCUACGCUAUCUGAAGAUGCUCUUGGCAUUGUAGUGGGACUCGACACCUAGGUAGAAGUUUGGAAUGCAUUGGUGCAUGCUUUUGCCUGAGUCUCAAAUGAUCGUCGCCUUGAACUCAAGAAGCGGCUCACCACAAUUCAACGUGGAUCCGCUCCACUGCAAGACUAUCUACAACGGUUUAAAACCGUGUGUGAUGAUCUUGCUGCAAUUGGGAAAUCAGUCCCAGAUCACAAGAAGACCUUUUGGCUACUUAGUGGCCUUGGCAAGGGGUAUGAGAUGUUCACUACCACCAUGCUCAGGCCACCAAUUCCUCCUUGUGAAGAAGUUCUUAUUCUUUUGGAAGCACAUACUGAAAGGUUCAAGCUAGAUGAUGCCAAUGCUUCUACCAAUCAAAUGGCUUUUGUGGGUCAACAUACUCACACCAACAAUUAUAAAGGUAAGAAAAGGAUGGGUCCCACCCACUUUAAUUCAAAAGGAAAAGGCUUUACACAAGGCCAAUUUUUUGGGUCAAAAUCUCAAAAUUCCAACUCUACAUAUGUGGCCAAGAAUCCCUCAUCUGUUGCGCACCCAGGCAACAAUAAAGAAGAACAACCCACUUGUCGUCCCCAAGAGGUAGUUCAAUCGGCUAGAACUACGCCUAAUGAAGCGGAGGUCACUAGUUCGAAUCCCCCUCUCUCCUCUUGUGUGGACAUGUCAAAAAAAAAAAAAAAAAAAAAACAACCCACUUGUCAGAUCUGCAACAAGCGAAACCACACAGCCCUCACCUGCUUCAACCGCUUCAAUGCCUUCACCCCAAAUGAUAUUCUUCAAGCACUUGCAGCCAUGAAGCUUGCUGAUACUCAAGACUCCACCUGGUUUCCUGACACUAGUGCUACAGACCACAUUACGGGUGAUCCAGGGAACUUCUUUGCUUUUGGGCUGUUUGUGUCCCCUAUAGCCACUUUUAGGAGAAUUCUCAGAAACCAGUCAACGGAACAGUUCUCAGGGUUGCCAUAUAUAUAUGCUCUUUUGAAUUGCUUGCUCUGCAUGUGGUAUGGCACACCCUUCAUAUCUUCUGACAAUGUAUUGGUUCUGAGUGUCAAUUCGGUUGGUGCUGUCUUUCAGUUGAUCUACAUAACACUCUUCAUAGUAUUUGCCGAUAAAGUGAAAAAGUUUAGAAUGCUUGGAUUGUUGCUGGCGGUUUUGGGGCUAUGUGCAAUCAUAGUGGCUGGGAGCUUGCAAAUAACUGACGCUAGUAUGCGCCGGGUCUUUGUUGGGUUUCUGAGUGGUGCUUCUCUCAUAUCAAUGUUUGCUUCUCCAUUGUUUAUAAUUAAUUUGGUGAUCCGUACAAAGAGUGUUGAAUUUAUGCCAUUUUAUCUCUCCCUUUCCACCUUCCUAAUGAGCUCAUGUUUCUUCAUAUAUGGACUACUUAAUUAUGAUCCCUUCAUCUCUGUCCCAAAUGGCAUAGGAACCAUUUUGGGGAUUGUACAAUUGAUUUUGUACUUCUACUAUAACAAUACAUCAAGCGAAGACUCCAGUGAACCUUUCAUAGUGCCAUAUGAAUGAUUAUUGAUGCUGACAAGCAAAGGCAAUGACUGCUGUUUUAUUCCUUAAAACUGGCCGAGCUUUAACCAGCUGUAAUUUGUGCAUCAAGACCUAGAUGAUAAAUAGGUAAAUUUUUUGAAUCUAUGGAUGUUUAAAACAUCCAGUGCAUCAAUAAAAACAUAUUGUGCAGAGGAAUAAAGUAAAA